AGUAAUUCUACUUAAACUAAAAAAAUGUAUUUGUUUGGAAUUAUGUUUAGACUUUUUAAAAAAAAGUUUAAAGGGUUUGUGCAUUUUUUAUAAAAUUUAUACCACUUGGCUGUUAAUUAAGUCGUUUCUUUCUUUUCUUUUUUUUCUCUAUUAAUAUACAUAUCGCAGUAAUCAACGGUACCUCCAAUGAUUGGAUUGUUUAAGCUAGAUAUUACAACUUAAUGAUUAUCACUGUCAAUGUAAAAAAUAUAACGGUAAAACAAUUUACGUUUACUCCCAAUUAUUUUUUAUAGAAAUUUUGUAAAAGAUGAAGAUAUUAAUGAAUAUUCCCCCAUAUUUGACGACUUCACAACGGAGUGGAUUGGUGAUCAAGAAUUCUCGGUUGCCUCCUUUAAUGAAGGGUAAUUAAUGACACAAAUAAGAGUUGAUUUUUCCAGGAAUAAAAAGAUGGGGACUUACACUUGAUAUAUUAAUUAAUGUUGUAGAGAUUUUAGCAUGGGUAAGGAGGGCAGAAAGAGAAAGCUAGAAGUGGACUUUUCCUGUGAAGGACAAAGUCAGGCAAAGAAACCGAGAUUGAGCGAGGAGAACCUUAUCCUCUCCACAUUCAGAGAGAAUUUUCUGGAAAAAUUCCAAAAAUUCGAGCUGAAGAUGAUAACCUCCUCUGAAUCCUCUUUGAAACCCUCUGAUGAAACUCCGAACUCCCAACCCUCUGAUGAAACUCCGAACUCCCAACCCUCUGAUGAAACUCCGAACGUCCAACCAACAGAUAACUCGACCAUCUCAACCCCCAAACCCACAGAUGAGGAUUCGAUUGAUCAGUACUCCCCCCAGUCUCCUGAUUUAUUUAUUCCAGCUCCUACAGCGCAAUAUGUAUUACAACCGGAGCUUUUAGCAUUAGCUGAAUUGGUCGACUCCAUGAGAGUCGACCUUUUACAAACAUCCACUUUAGUUAGUUAUAUACAGGACUAUGUGAGCAGGUUGGAUUUUAGAAAACAGUAAUGUUGUUAUAACUAUUGUAGAACUUAUUCGAUAGAACUAAACUCUUUGUUGUUGUAUUGUCUGUCACGAUAUUAUG